UCUGACACCGAAUCCGCUAACCUGUGAGAUCACAGGCCGGUCUCCAAAGACCUGCAGAUUUAAGGUUGAGCCAAAAGUACGGAAUUUAAGAUUUUGCUGAUGGCGUUAGAUUCCGAAUCAACUGUGAAAGACUCGACCGUUGUGGAAUUUGAAGAUUUCCAGACUCGAAUUCAACAGCUGACAUCGGACGCCAUCGAAGUCCGUUGGCGAGCUUCGCAAAAUCAGGAAUACGACGUCGAAAUCGGUCCUGAAAUUGAAGUCAAAUUCAACAAGACUUCAGUGAUCUGUGGAGGUGAAGAGCCUGAAGACAGCAAAAUGUGCCUGGCUUACUUUUUCACGCUGAAUUUGAAUGAAGAUUAUACAGCAAGUGUGAGAGCACAAGGUGACAAUAAAUAUGUUUUCGGCCUCAGUGAGGAUGCAGCCUGUUCUGGAAACAUAGUGUACAUGCAUCCAGUAACGUAA